AUGGACCAAAGGGAGAUUCUGCUGCAGAACCUGGAAAGGGCCCGGUGCAAGAAGCUGAACCGGGAAGAGUUUGCAGACGAGUUUUUGAAGCUGAAAAGGCAGUCAACAAAGUACAGAUCAGAUAAAAUCUACCCUACAGCAGCAUCUGAGCAACCAGAGAACAUCAAGAAGAACAGAUACAAGGACAUCUUACCCUUUGAUCACAGCAGAGUGGAGCUGUCCCUGAUUACAUCAGAUGAAGAUUCUCACUACAUCAACGCCAACUUCAUCAAGGGUGUCUAUGGGCCAAGAGCAUACAUUGCAACCCAGGGUCCUCUCCCCACUACUGUCAUUGACUUUUGGAGGAUGAUUUGGGAGUAUGAAGUCCUGGUUGUGGUCAUGGCUUGCAUGGAGUUUGAAAUGGGGAAGAAGAAAUGUGAGCGGUACUGGGCAGAGGCGGGCGGCUCUCCCCUGCAGUGCGGCCCUUUCUCCGUCGCCUGCGAAGCCGAAGAGAAGAAAAAUGAGUAUGUGAUUAGGACUUUAAAGGUGACCCUGAAUGAGGGAAUCCGCACCGUCCACCAGUUCCACUAUACAAACUGGCCAGACCAUGACGUCCCCUCGUCCAUCGACCCCAUCCUGGAGCUCAUCGGCGAGAUUCGCCGCUACCAGCCGGACGACAACAUCCCCAUCUGCAUCCACUGCAGUGCCGGCUGCGGGAGACCCGGAGUCAUCUGUGCCAUCGACUACACCCAGAAGCUGCUGAAGGACGGGAUUGUUCCAGUGAACUUCAGUAUUUUCAGUCUGAUCCAGGAAAUGCGCACACAAAGGCCUUCCAUAGUGCAGACCAAGGAGCAGUAUGAGCUGGUUUAUGAUGUGGUGAUCGAGCUCUUCAAACGGCAGAUUAAAGCACUCGAUGCCCAGGAAGAUGCUGCUGCUUCCCAGGUGCAAACAAGGCAUCCUGCAGCCAAGCCGCUUCGCACGCCGGUGGAAGAUAUUUAUUCUCUGAGAUUACUAACCUGCUCAGAGCAAGAGGAACAGGAUGUGCACCAACGUCUUCCUCCAGAGGUACAAAGCAAAGCGUCCCCGACAUCGUCAUCUGCCAUGGACGUACACGGCAGUUCUGGACAUGGAGUCCCUCCCAUCAGACAGGCCAUCUCCUUUGGCAUUUUGAACUUCCCCAGCUGCAGGAAGGCAGCUGCCGCGGAGAGGUGGGGUGCUGGGGAUGCUCUUCAGAGACACCGCAGUUUGGAGCUCAACAGCAUCUGUCCCGAGGAGCUGCUUCUGCACCUGGAACCGAAGGGAGCGGGUGGGAGAGGGCCUCAUGGCAGACCCCCUCUGGCACGGACCACAUCCACCCCCUUUGUGCUGGCGCAGCAGGGAGAGGGCUGGGAACAGGGCGGAGAGGGCACAGAGCCUGGCUUGGGGCCGCGGUUGCCAAGUGCCGGUCACUCGAGCUUCCAGGUGAAGAAGCAGCACAGACUUUCCCCUGCCGAGCUGAACCCCUCGAGCCGAGAUGCCAACGGCCCCCGGAGCCGCAGCAGCCCCGGGCGAUGCCUUUACCCUCACUGCUGCUCAGCAGAAGACCCCUACUUCUCUUCGCUCUCUCCAGACGACCCCGUAUCCCCGGGCCCCCCGCCGCCCACGCUGGCGUCCCACCACGCUCCCCGGCGAAACGACGAGCGGACUUCCUCCCCCGGUGACCUGUCCCCCUCUCCCCAAUUAGCCACCUUGCCACAGCCAGACGAUGAUGAUCCUCCACCCCUGCCCGAGCGAACCCCCGAGUCCUUUAUUGUGGCCAGUGAAUCCGGACAAUUUCCUCUGGCCACUUCUGAUUUUCAGCUUCCAGCCAGAAAUACAAACAUCGGAACCUCUUUGGAGCGGAGUGGCGAGUCUCACUCAGAGGCGUUUAAUGACUCAGUGGGACUGAGAUCAUGUAAGAAUGUGAAGCUUCGGAGGCCACAAACAGAGACAACCCGGGAUCGCUCUAACUCUCCUCCCCCGCUUCCUGAAAGAACCCCGGAGUCGUUUGUUCUUGCUGAUGCAGCAAGUCUGCAGCCUGUUAUGAGGAAUUCUACAAUGAGUCUCCUGAGCGUGGAGAGCAAUGCUUCUGAAACAUCGUCCAAAGAGCCUACGAAAUGCUUCAGGAGAAGCAAGAGCUUGAAAAUAUUGAAAAAUGUGAGAAAGAGCAUCUGCAGUCCAUCGUCACUGACAAGACCAUCAGAGUCUGCCCCAUCAAACCACUCAAGGUCGUUCUUUAACUUUGGCUUUGGAAAUCGAUUUUCAAAACCUAAAGGACCAAGAAAUCCCCCACCAGCAUGGAAUGUUUAG